AUGACGAAUCCGCAUUAUCCGCCACCCUCCCCCCCAGGUCUAGAGUCCAGAUGGACCCUUCCGCUGAUUCAGGUAGUCCGAUCAGUUCAAGCGGAAAAAGUAGAUACAGUACGGUACUCUAAACCGACGAGCCAUAUUUUUUUCGUCCUUUGCUAUAGGGGCCUGGGGGGUUUAUUCCUACUUGUUCCGAUACUCCCCUAUACGAAUGUGCAAAAGAAGGCGAAGACGAGAGAAAAAAAAAGGACACCCUGGUGCAAUAUUUGUGUCUACUGA